CACUAUGACAAUGAGGUGCUUGAGGUGGUAAUUUUCAACUUCCUACAAUCUGGUAAUUUUAGAGCUGCGACGAGUAUGAUUCAUAUGAUCUUCGACUCUGAUCGCAAAUUCAAAUUAUCUAACGAACUUUGGGCUGCUUAUAUCCAACAAAUGUGCCGAUCAGGGAAUCAUCAUGGAGCAGUUCUAAUUUAUCAUCACUUUAUUGAUCAUUACAGUAGCUAUUCCCACGAGAAUAUUAGUGCCUACAACAAUGAGAGCAUUGAAUUUCCUUUCUUAUUGACACCGUCCAUUCUCGAACAACUCGCUGCAAUAUUUCAACAUUCCAAAGAUCAUGCUAGAAUAAGGGGCCUACUUAAAUAUUUCAAGAGGUUCUAUUCUUACAUAAGUCACAGGAAAACAUAUAAAUCGCUAAAAAUUUCCUUGGUCGAAGCAUAUAGCAUCUCAGAUGAUUUACCUAACGCAUUAUUAGCAUUCAAAGACCUCUCUUACUCCCUCAGAGGUCAUUUCAAUCACAAAAACUGGGCGAAGCUCAACCAACUCCAGAAAAUGUCUGUUUUUACGAAUCACGUCUGGAGAAGAAAUAACAUCAAAACAAAUUCAAACCGGUACUCCGAUGAAAUUCCUGUUGAUAUUAAGUCGUCACUAGAUUUGCAACAAGAUUCAACUGCUAGGAAAUUGGGUGUUGAGCUAUUCAACCCAAUAAUAGACAGAAAUAUUUACACCUCGCCUAAUUCAACCGCUAUGCCGAUUUUGAAUGGAAGUUUGUACACUUCAGAUCUUCCAUACUUUGAGAAAAUAAUUAAUGAAAGUCUUGAUAACAUCACCUCGAAAGACCACGGAAUCUUGACCAUAAUACCAACCAUUCUUUCCACUCAUUUCAUUCUCCAUAUAUUCAUCAUCAAAGGUUUGAGUAAAAAUUAUCGGUUCAAGGAAGCGCUUCUGAUCUUACAAAAAAUGCCCCAAAUUUUCCCAUACAUUAACUCUAGAACUCUUUUACGUGAAGAGAAUUAUAUCAACAUCUUGCAUUACAUCAGAGAA